AGGCAGGCGGACGGGCUGAACCCCGGGGAACCCAGCCCGGCUGGGGACCCGAAGGCGGCUGCUGCCCGUACGAGCCGCUCGGGCCGCCGCCGCCGCCGCAGCCUCCUCAGCCUGUCCGUCCGGUCGUCGGCCCGUCUCUCCCCGGCCCCUUCGGGCUCUUUCGCCUGCCUGACCCCCACUCCUCCCCGCCCCCUCCCGCAGAGCGAAGAUGGUCAAGGAGACCGAGUAUUAUGACAUUCUGGGGGUGAAGCCCAGCGCCGCCCAGGAGGAGAUCAAGAAGGCGUAUCGAAAGCUGGCGCUUAAGUAUCACCCAGACAAGAACCCGGACGAAGGCGAGAAGUUUAAACUCAUCUCCCAAGCUUAUGAAGUACUUUCAGAUGUAAAGAAAAGGGAAAUUUAUGACCAGGGUGGCGAGCAGGCUAUUAAAGAAGGAGGCACAACAAGCGGUAACUUCUCAUCACCCAUGGACAUUUUUGACAUGUUCUUUGGCGGUGGAGGACGGAUGACUAGAGAGAGAAGAGGUAAGAAUGUUGUGCAUCAGCUAUCUGUAUCACUUGAAGACAUAUAUAAUGGAGUCACAAGGAAACUAGCACUCCAGAAAAAUGUAAUUUGUGAAAAAUGUGAAGGAGUUGGUGGGAAAAAGGGAUCCGUUGAAAAAUGCCCCAUCUGCAAAGGGAGAGGAAUGCAAAUUCACAUCCAGCAGAUUGGGCCAGGAAUGGUACAGCAGAUUCAAACAGUGUGUCUUGAAUGUAAAGGCCAAGGUGAAAGAAUUAACCCAAAGGAUCGAUGUGAGAACUGUAAUGGAUGUAAAGUUGUAAGAGAGAAAAAAAUUAUAGAAGUUCACAUAGAAAAAGGUGAGGACCCCAAGGCUAACAUGAGCCACCCCUCCUCCUUCUGACCUUCCUUUUCUAGUGAAUGUUCAGUCAUCCAACUAAGCUCUGAAGACUCAAGC